GGUGAAGAAAGCUUCUCUGAUGUAACCCGGAUGGAAUGGGAGCCCAAAAAAAAUGUUCCUUGGCCCCUUACACCCGAAAAAGUUAUAGAAGCCUCAGAGAAAGAAAAUGACCCCAAGUAUGAGGGUGAUGAAGGAUCAUUUGAUGGUAAUUAUUCUUCUUCUUCACAAUGGGAAAUGUCAGAUGACGAUGAGUCCCAAAUAGAAGUUGUAACAAGCAGUGGAUCAACAAGUCUAACCACCCUGGAGGAAGAAACCUUGACCGAAGAGUGGAAACCAGAAAAUGAACAGGAAGAAACCUCUGAGCCACAAGCCAUUGAUAUCAGCGCAGAAGGAAUUGGUAUUGAAAAAGAUGAACAGGCAGUAAAUAUGGACAUGCCUAUAUAUAUACCCAUCUUCCUCUUUACUAAAUUAACUCCUAGAAGGCGCCAAAAGUUGGCCUUUGCAGGAAAAACUCAGCGCUUCGAAAAUAAGUUCUUCCUCUAUGACCACCCCACCCUUAAUGACCAUAUAGCAGCCCGGGAGCUCAAUUUAAGGGAGGCCAUAUAUUGGGUAGAUUUUUGUGGAUAUCCUUUAAUUGCCAAUGACCCAAAUAAAUUACUCAUCUUGCAAAAUUGGAUGCAAGAUGAG